AAAGUUAAAGAAUCUCUAAUUCUAUAUAACUCUAAAGAUGGCAAUUUUUUCCGUGAUCCACGGAGCUUCGCGAAAAUACCCGCCACGGGGAUGGAGAUUCUCAAAAUAUUCCUAUCCGUAUGGCGGGGAUGGAGGUUCUGACAAUAAUGGGAAUUUCUUCAAUCUAUUUGAGGAGUUGGAGGAGAAUGAUAAUGAGGAUGAUGAGUCUGAGCACCUGGUUUGGUACUUGAUCCGCACCGAGGUGAAUUCUGACAAAGCAUUGGAGACUAAGACACAGUUCUUGGGCCAGUUCAAAUUUGAAUGCUUUUUGCAGAACAUUAUGGAUUUGUUGACACGGUGCUAUUUGUUUGGUUUGUAUGAGUGUCGUAAUUUUGAGUGGAAGCCGUGCGAGUUGCGGGACAGGGUGCAGUCUUUGGUGGUGAAGGGUUGCCAGACUUUGAUGGGUAAGCAGUCCGAUGAACCCCUUAAGGUUCGCACUCUUGAAGAGAAUGCUUCCUCUGUCGUUUGCAUCUCCAAUUCCAAAGGCUCAGGAUCAGGUUUUGUGUGGGACGAUUUGGGUCACAUUGUCACCAAUUACCAUGUGAUUGAUGGUGCUUCUGAUCAUAAGGUCACUUUUGAUGACAAUUCUACAUGUAAAGCUGUGUUUGUUGGAUUUGACGAGGACAAGGAUAUUGCUGUUUUGCUUGAAGUUAGUGAGUUAAUUGUUAGCAAUUGGUCUUCAGACGGGGUGAACAUUCCAUCCCCUCAAAUGAGACGCGCGGCCAUCAGUCCGCUUUUUGGUAGAGUUUACGACGGUGGUGAAGUUCAAAACUUCGACCACCUCACCGAAGCACUUAAGCAUUCUUUUACUGAUUCCUUUCUCCAUAUCUACCUUGAUUUGGAUGACUCUAUGAACUUGGACUCUAUUGGUGAAAUUCCUAUUGAAAUUGAAAUUCUUAAGGUGGUGAAAUCUAUGAAACCUUUUAAAGCUCCUAGUCUUGAUGGUACUCACCCUUUCUUUUAUCAAGGCUACUGGCCAUCGGUUAAGGAUAAAGUUUGUCGAGAUGUUAAGGAUAUUUUUUGCACUGGAGUAAGCCUUAACAAAUGGAAUGAGUGUCUCUUGGCACUCAUUCCUAAAGUCAAGUCUCCAGAAAUUAUUCAACAAUUCAAACCUAUUGGCCUUUGCAACACAUCCUACAAGAUUGUCUCUAAAAUUCUUGUCAAUAGACUCAAACUGUGGAUGGAUAAACUUAUGUCCCCUUGCCAAUCUAACUUUAUCUUUGGUAGACAGGGAAUGGAUAAUGUUAUCAUCCUCCAAGAGCUUGUCUAUUCUUUUGCAAAGAAACCUUGUAAGUCAUGGGAUAUGAUUUGUAAACUGGAUCUUCAGAAGGCCUAUGAUAUAUUAGAAUGGAGCUUUAUCAAGGAAGCCCUUAGUUUCUUUCAGUUCCCUAUGAAAAUUAUUGAUUUGAUCAUGUCUAUAGUUAGCUUCUUGUCUAUCUCAAUCCUUGUUAAUAUUGAUAAGACAGAGAGUUUUCUUCCUUCCAGAGGGAUCCACUAAGGGGAUCCCCUUUCAUCUUGUCUCCUCAUCAUCUGCAUGGAAUUCUUUCUCUUAAAAUCUCAGUUGAUAUGGAAUGCAAUCUUUAAAAGGAAAGUAAGGUAGGCAGAAGAGGUCCUCUCUUAUCCCAUAUUUUCUUUGCUGAUGAUCUCAUAUUUAUUGGCAAAGCUACGGUUGAGAAUUACUACUAUCUUAAAAAUCUUUUAAAAUCCCCAAUAAGCAUCCAAGGCAUAAAUAAGUUCAUAGCAA